AUGGGUUGUUGUUAAGGAAAUCCAUAUGGUUUGAACUAUAACAAUAUUUUUAGAUAUGAACUAAUAGAAUGAAUCAGUAAAAGAAUUGACUGAGUAUUAAUAACCAGAAUAUAAAGCAAAUAUUGUGGAUUUGAAUAUUUAAGUGAAAAAAGUGGAACAGAUAUAAGAGAUAAAUGGAGAAGGAGAACUAAUACAAAAAAAAGAAACUAAUUAUUCUUAGGAAAUAAAAUUUGGAAAAAAGGAAGAGAAUUAAGAAACAAGAAGUUUAGUUUAAGAAUAAGGAAAAGAGAAAUAAUGGACAAUAAAAUAGACAAUGUUUGUUAGAAUAAAUUCUAAGAAAAAUGUCAGUGAAUUUUAUACAUUAAAACAAAUGAUAGGACAAGGAGGAUUUGGGAAAGUUUAUAAAGUAGUUCAUAGAUAAACAGGUUUUAAUUUUAGAUAUAAAGAAUAGGCAUGAUUAGAGCAAUGAAACUAAUAUUAAAAUCAAAAUUAAAGAAAGAAGAUUAAGAAAAGUUAUUGGAAGAAACUAGUAUAUUGAUGGAUAUAGAUCAUCCAAAUAUUGUGAAGUUAUAUGAAAUGUAUUAAGAUGAUAAUUCAUAUUUCUUAAUAAGUGAAUAUUGUGAUGGUAAAAAAUAAAAUAAUGUGUUAUGUAAGGUGGUGAACUAUUCGAAAAAAUAAAAGUGGUUUAAAUUUUGACAGAGAAAGAAAUAGCAUCUUAUAUGAAAUAAAUAUUAUCAGCAGUUUCAUAUUGUCAUUCAAAAGGAAUAGUUCAUAGAGAUUUAAAACCAGAAAAUAUUUUAUUUGAUUCUAAAAGUUAAGGAGCAACAUUAAAAAUAAUAGAUUUUGGUGCAAGUGCAAAACUAGUGAAUGAUGAAAAAUUAAAUAAAAGAAUAGGGACAGUAUUUAUAAUUAAUUUAUUAUAAUAGCCAUUUUAUGUUGCGCCAGAGGUUUUAAAUGGAAGUUAUGAUGAGAAAUGUGAUAUAUGGUCAUUGGGAGUACUGCUUUAUAUAUUACUUUGUGGAUAUCCUCCAUUUUUUGGACAUAGUGAAGGAGAAGUAUUAGCAAAAGUGAGAAAAGGUACAUAUCAAUUUGAUAGUAAUGAUUGGUCUAAAGUUUCUAUGCAAGCUAAAGAUUUAAUUAGACGAAUGUUAUUUUAUGAUCCAGCAUCUAGAAUAGGAGCUUCUGAUGCUUAAUAGCAUGCUUGGAUUUCUAAUAAUAAAACUUAAGGUUAUGUCAAUAAUUUAAGUUUAAAAAGAUUAUAAGAUUUUGAUUCAAAAAAUAAAUUAAAAUAUGCCAUCCUUUAAUUUAUUACUGUAUAAGUAGUAUCAAGUUAAGAAAAAGAUGAUUUAUAAAAAAUAUUUCAAGAGAUUGAUAAAAAUGGUGAUGGUACUGUUAGUAAAGAAGAAUUACUAGCUGGUAUAUUUUAUUAUUACUUUUAGCUUAUAUUAAAAUUUAUAAAGGAGAUAUUAUUGCAGCAUAGCAUAUUGUUGAAGAAUUAUUCCCUUAACUUGAUGCAAAUAAAUCUGGAAAAGUUGAUUUUAGUGAAUUUGUUACAGCCUCAAUUAAUAGAGAUAAAACAUUAAGCAAAAAAAAAAUUGAAUAAUCAUUUAAAUUAUUUGACCUAGAUGGCAAUGGAUAUAUUACUAAAUAAGAAAUCAAUGAAUUAUUUGGAAAUGAAAUAGAUGAAAAAAUGUGGGAAGAUAUUCUGAAAGAUUGCGAUAUUAAUAAAGAUGGGAUGGUUUUUAUUUCUUUAUUAAUUUAGAUCUCACUUAAUGAAUUUAUUACUUUGUUAGAAUCCAAAAUUAAAAUCAAUUCAAAACUAUAAUGA